AUGGAGACUUCAGUAAUUGGGCAACUUGUUCGAAAUUCAGAGCCCGAGGGAAGUUCUGAACAGUCAACAGCCGAUAUCUCAACAUGGGUGGGGUUGAAGAACGAAAAACGGAUUGCUCAGUUGAUUAACAGAUAUGUUGUACGUUUUUUGUUCUUUUUACUGAAAUAAAAAGUUUAUUUUGAAGGUUUAUGUAUUGAUUUACACGUAUUUUAUUUUUGUUAUAUUGUUUUUCAACUUUAGGAGACUAAUUUUGAUAACAGUGUUUUGGGGCCGUUUAUCAAGGCUUCAAACAAUGACGACGCCAUUGUUAUGGAGCUGGUUGAACUCAUGAAGCAUUUGGAUAAUCAGGUAAUUUUUGUUUUAGUUUUUUUGGAUUUAAGGUUUAAUUUUGUAGAAAGAUGCCUUAAUGUUUUUAUUAUAGCGCGAUCUAGAGCUAUGUAUAAAUGCAAUGGUUACACAUUUUCUCAACAGUAAGAAGCAUCUUGUGGCUAUUGAUAAUGUAGUGACAAAGGUUUUAUUUGAACUUCACAAACAUAACGUUGCCCCAGUUUUGUGAGUUUUAUAUUAUCUCUAACAAUAUAAAUCUAAUAAUAAAUUACUGCUUUUAAUGUUUAAAUUGUUAAAAUCUUGUUUAAAAGAUAGCUUAAUAAAUUUUUUUACUAUUUUAAAUAUUUUUUGUUGGUUUCAGACCAAUUGCUUAUGGUAUGAUCAAUUCCUUGGACAUAGUACGCUUCCAAGUCCCGAUAAACAAGGAGAAGAUUACGUUUGUCAGAGAACAUUUGAAAGAAAUUGACUACAAGGGCAUGAGAGAGAUUUUGAAGUUGGUUUUGGUUGAGAAGUUGGACAGAGGAUUGAAACAUCAUCAACAACUUGAAGGACAUCAGAUAUUACAAUUAUUACCUUUGGAAGAAAUGACGAUUGAACUUUUGGACCGAUACAACAACUUUUAUCCGAGUUUGUUUAUUGUCACUGAAGUCUUUAGGAUUUACACAACUUCGCCUGUACAUAAAUUACCGGUAAGUUUAUAGUUUUAUGGGUUAUUUCGAAUUUUAGGUAUCUUUUUGUUUAAAAUUCAAGGUUCAAUGAUUUUUUUGAUGUUUUAUUGAACUAAAACUUUAACUUUUGGUGAAAGUGUGUUUUUUAUAGCAUAAAUAAUAGCUUACUUUUCAGAGGUUAUCAGAGAAGAUACGAAACGUUGUAGCUUCAUUCAGACCAUUAGCUGAUGUCACAACUUUCAUUGGUCGACCAUGGGCUUAUCCAGUGACAGCAAUGUUAACAUUCUCACCUUUUGGUAACAAUUGGAGAUUCAGUGAACAUGGCUACAGAAGCUCAAAAACGCAUCUUCCUUAUGUGACACUAUCAGUAAUUGCUCAAGCUUACCCUUUGUAUAUGAUUAUGAAGCAGCCUAGAAGUCAGCAUUGCUUGAAUGUAAGUUAUCUUGAUUGUAUCUUUUAAAUAAGACAAUAUUUUGAUAAGUUAGGUGAAGGUUUUAUAUUGUGGUUGAUAUAAGUGAUCUGAAAUGUCGUAACUUACUGAUUUUAAAACCUUUUUUCAAGUUUUUUACCUAUUUUGUUGUUUCAGAACCUCUCAAAGCGAAAAGAAGACAAACGAGUCGUGAUGUGUGAUGAAAUGCUACACAUUCUGAUACAUGAGGCUAUGUGUGUGACAGAGAACACCAAGAAGAAGGUGAUGAGCGACGAAAUUCAGUACAAUUGGCGACAUAUCAUGCACAUGUGCACUUAUGCCAUCUCUCACAAAUGUGCAUCGUUCCCAGAAUUGUUGAAGAUUCUGAAGGAACAAAUGAAGUCACAUCCUUCUGAGUUUGUUAAGGCUAGAGGAGAGUUGAUGUGGCUGAUAUUACAGUGCGUAUCUUUGUUGAAGAGACAGUUUCCUAAGGAUGAGAGUAGGUUUUUAUUACUUUUUUUAAUUUUUUUUAUUGGGAGAAGGCGUUUUUCAAAAUUAAAAGUCAUAGUCAUACUGAUUUAUGUAUGAAUUUUUAUGUUUUUGUUAAAAAAUUUAAUUUUUGUAUUUGGAACGCUAACAAAAUACGUUUUAGUUACGGAAAUCUACAACAUCUUGUACGCUGGAGACCCGGAGAGAUUUAGUGGAUCAAGUGCCGACAGCUUUGGGUUGGUACGAUACUUUGUUCCAGCUGCUAUUUGGAUGAAUAUGUCAAAGGAAAACAGUCCACCACCAGCUUUGCUAACUGGAAUCAACUAUCUGAAGGAACAAGCUAGCAAUCCACAAGACGAAGGUAUUCUGGCUAGUUGUGCUAAUGCUUGUAAGUUUCCUUUUUAUUUUAAUUUUUUUUAAAUUUUUUAAAAACUUAUUUUAUUUUAUAUUAUCUUAUAUUGAUAAAUAUGAGUAUUUUACAAACUUUUCAGAUUGCAAUGACGAAACAGUAUUCAACACAGAAGUGUGUACUCAAAUCAUGAAGAAGAUCAGCAGUGCCAAAGGGAUCUACGAGUUGCCAUUCAAACAACAAUGUCCUCUGUCAUUGGAAGGCUUGGAAAUACAGUUUUUGGACUUGUUGACAACUUCGGCCAAGAAUCAGCUCUUCACUUACAUGUUGUUCCACUUUGUCGAUGCUUCCAAUCCUCAACAGAACCCGUCUCCAGCCAUUGUUGGUAAGGUUUUUUGGUUUUUGAAGUUGUGGGAAAGUAAAACGAUAUAUCAUAAUGAUAGGUAGAGUAGAAAAAUUUUUUUUUAUUUUUGAGGUGGUAGUACGGUAAAAAGUAAGCUAUGCAGUGGUGUAAGCAGCUUUUAGCAAAAAUUUGCAUUUUUGCUGAUUUCUUAAGUUCAGCUGAUUAAUGGCACUUUUUUAAAGUAAUAAUGGUGAUGUUUUUGUUUUCAGAAUCUUUAACGAAAAUUUUACUAACCUCGGACAAUGUAAAAAGCACUAACAAUGUGAUUCACACCUUCAUCAACAAAUUUGCCUCAUCCAUCGACCGUUUCACCUUCGUUUUCUUCGACAUUUUGGCAUAUCGACUGAAGAACACCUCGUUCUUGAUUGGCUAUGUCAUAUACAGAAUACAGAUUGUCAACAAGCUACAUGAAUGUCUACCGCCGCUGAACAGUCCAGCUUACCACAAACUACCUCAAUAUGUGUUGAUGGAGCAAAUCUUGUUGAGACAGGUCAUGACAGCACCCGCGUUUGAUGUCAUUCCUUUUGUUAUGUCGUUACAGAAGUGCAGUAAGUUUAUAUGAUUGUUUUUAUUGUUUAUGGUAAUUUUUUAGGAGUAGGUCAAAAGUUUUUCAAAAAUUCAAGAUUUUGGUUGAAGUUAAAGGCUUUCAAUGAUCUUGUGGAUGUUCAAGGCUGAUUUAAACAAUUUUUUAAAUUUAUAAAAGUUUAGUUGUUUUAAAGAACAUAAAAUAAUUGCUACUUUCAGGGUUUAAUAUCUUCUUGCCAAGCGACAAAUUUGGCCAGGAAUUGCUUUUAUGCCCAGAAGUGGUAAAGCUGAUCAUUACCCAGUUUAUUAUGUCUAUCAAGUUGAUUGGUAAGUUGAAACACCCAAGUUUUGUGAAUUUUACUAUUAAGUUGUUCAAAUAAUUCUGUGCUCCUUAACCCAGAAAUUGUGUUUUGAAAUGGGGCACUGAAUUAUUUUAACAAACUUGUAAUUUAUGACUUUUUUAAUAAUAUUUUAAAUUUUGAAAUUUCAGCUGAUUGUGACGGAAUCACGAACCUACACAUCCACCUCGACAUGAUCAAAGACAACUUCCGAUUCCCCGAAUGCACAGCCAAAUGGCUAUCUCCUUGUCUGAAGGAUAUUGUCAUUGAAACAAGCUCGGAUUCGGAAGACUUGGCAUCGAUGGAUCGUGCUGCUGAUGCUGAAAUACAUCAACUUAACGGAAUGCCUGGCCAGAUACCACAAUGCACAUCUAACACAUUGAUCGUCAUCCUGAAGGCUGGUCUAACACCACCUAUUCAGCUGUCUGGAACUGUUUAUAAGUAGGUUUGUGGGAAUAAGAGGACUGUUCUUGAUAUUGCUGUAUGUAGAUAAAGAAAAGGUUUGAAAUUAGGCUCGAAGUACCAACAGUAAUCUGUCAUUGAUGAUAGUGAGGUCAUAAGUAACAAAAAUAUAAGCUUUUCUUUUCAGAAUGGUAAAAUCAAUGAGUAUCUACGAUCUGACAGUAAACCUAAACCGACUGGUCGAUUAUGUCAUUCACAAAUGUAACACCGCAACAUCCGACAGCGAAGUUGACAAGAUGUUGACAGUCUUGAAUCAAAUGAUAUUCAAUCGACCGGGAAUCCCAGUAGAACGCUUCUUAAUGGCACUGAUUGUACAUCCAAAUGAUAACAAGAGUAUCAAAAUUGCCCUCAUAUUACUACACACCUUGUUGAGCAAGGCUGACUGUGAAUUGACAAGGAGGUUAAGGGUACUGUACACUUAUGUCCCCACCACAAACAGCUACUUCCACUACAAAUCGAGCGACUUUUUUGCCAAACAAAUGGAGUAUCAUAAGGUAUGUCAAGGGUAUUUUUAAAAUUUUUUGGUUGUUUAAGAUAUUGUAGUAAUUUGCUUGUUAUAGUAUAUAGUAUGUGGACCAAAGUAAUGGCUUUAAGAUUCAAAUUUCAAACCAUAUUUUGAGAUAAUUGUAAUGUAAUGGCUGAUUUUUCAGAAAUAUUUUGACUACGCUGAUCCCCAAAUGGAAGGAAUGCCAGAAACUGACAACAGCAGUGACAUACCAGUUCUAAUGUACUACAGUAACUUGGCUGAACGUUUGGUACCAUUAAUCGACUUUCUAUUCAUUCGCUGCUUUGAAUAUGGAAUUGAUGCCUAUAUUAUUGAAGGACUAACCAACUUUUUGGCUCCUUUGUACAGAUAUCACCGUAUGUUUUGCACUUUUUGGUUGCAAAAGGACCGGACUUACUUUACAGGCCCGGAGCCUUGCUUGACUUGGUUCUGAGAGGGUUUUUUUGCAUAGUUUUGAGGCAAAUAUACUUAUUCUUUCUCUAAUUUGUGGUAUUCUUACUGUGUGAAAGCUGGCUUCACUUUGCUUGUAUUAAAAUUUAUAUUUAUAGCAAAUCCAAUAACAUCGCUCUACAGGAUGGUGUUCGUUUUGGAGAAGAGCUGUAAGACAGAGAGUAUGGGCAAAUUUGUAAAAGCUGUCGGAAAACUUCUCGACGACGAUCGACAACCAAAGUAUCCGUUUUUGACUCAAGAGUUCAUCCAAAACAAUCAUAGUGUAUGUAGUUUUAAUUACAAUAGCAUUAUUUCUUUGUGAAUUUUUUAUAACAUAGGUUUAAGAAACCAAUUUGAAAUCAUGACUAUGAGUUUUGUGAUACUUAGGAUUUAUAUCGAUUAAAAAAUUACAAUUUAUCUAAUAUCGUCCUUCUUCCAGGUCUCACCAAUCAAAGUCUGUGAUGAAAUUGUAAAGCGAGUCACCGCCGCCUCCACCUACAUCCACGAACCUCCAGAAUUCGUGGUCCACGAUUGGCGUUUGGCCGAAUUCCCUCCAGCCGCCCAAGCCGUGACCUCAGGCUGUUUGGAACUGAUGUUAUCAUCAAAGAAGCAAGCAAAGAUAGUGGAAGCGCUGGUCGGAUGCAUGCUCCUUCGAGCCGUCAACCGACCAUACGAUCGUCUCAACUCGAUCGCCUUGAUCUUGACACAUUUACCCAAACAUUAUCAAGAACACUUCUACCGUAUCAUCGAGAAGUCCUUCGACUGGUCGGAAAUGACAACCAAAGACCCCGAGUACAUGUUGUCAUCGUUCACCAUGGAGACGAUGCAAUACAGAGACGAUAGGAUGAUCACACUACUUGCUCUGAUCCACUCCUUCAUCCAGCAUGCAUGUUGUGAUAGUCUAGCUCACCUCUGCAACUUUAUUCAACAGAAUCUGGCGCCAAAAGUAGUCAACGAAACUCAACUUAUAUACUUCCUUCGUAUCUUGGCAGUCUACUUGAGCAAGGUUCAUGGAGAAGAAAGCAAGAAGGAACUGAGCAAAGCCUACCUUCACCUUAUCAUCACCAUCUACGACAUGAUUCCCAGGAUCCUGAAGAACGCUCCAGAACUUAAGUACGAAGAUCUGGUAUGCGAUUUACUGUAUCAGUUCAAGUAUACGGUAACCGGAUUCAGCGUGACGAGGGAAACGGAAGAAGCCAUCAGCAGAUUCCCCAAGUCGAUGCAGUGCAAACUCAAGUUCCUCCAAACUCAAGGUGUGAUGGACAUGAGCGACAGACUGAACAAGUCCAUCCCUCACGCCAGUCUACUUCAAGUCAUUCACGCUUGGCAGCUGAAGAUAUUACCCUUGGCAGAAUACAACUCCAUGAAGGCAGAAGGACGGAAUCCAGCUGCGUUCCACGGUCCUCCAAGGCUCCAGAUCCCGAAUCCACAACUACAACAACAUUCUCAGAUGCCACCAUUACAAGUUGCCUCAAAUAACAUGCAAAGCCAACAGAAUCCUCCACAACUCCCAUCGUUCCAACCUGGAUAUCACAAUGUUAACCAGCCAAGCAUGAGUAUGCCUUCAUCCUCGAACGACUCAGUCGGCCUCAAUCACGAACAAAUGAACAUGAACAACCCCAACGUUCCCCCUCAACAACACUUUGGCAGACCAAACAUGAUGGGCGGACCUCCCCAUCUACACCCAUCAAUGACAAGCCAACAUGGUCAUCCACCCACAUCACAUCCAGGGCAAUUCCCCGGCCCAAUGAUGCCCGGUCAGCAGUAUGGCCAAAUGGGAAUGAGAGGCAGCAUGGUGAAUCACAUGCCUCCACCGUACUUCCCACCAGAGAUGGGUCAACAACACAUUGAUGCACCAUCCUCAUCUCACGGUGGUCCAGCACCCUUCAUGACCGGUCAAAUGCCUAACCAGAUGGGGCCUGGGCAAAUGCCUUCAGGGCAAAUGCCACCGGGUUCAAUGCCUUCGGGACAAAUGGCUCCAGGAUCAAUGUCUCAAGGUCAAAUGCCUCCAGGCCAAAUGGGUGGCAGCAUGAGUGGGCCCGGCCAGUGGCCCCAGAACAUGAUGAUGUACCAAGGACAGCCACCAAUGAGUCAGGGCAUGCCCAUGAGUAUGCCCAACCAACAAAUGCACAACAUGCCCGGCCACUACGGCCAAGGUCCUCGAAUGAACUAA